AUGUCAACUGGGUCUAUCGCGGCCGUGUUGGGCAAUAUUGCUUGCUUCGUUCUCAAGUACGGUACGAUCUGGCUUGCGCUCUACUUUGGGCGUUACCUUGUCACAUUAUGGAUCGUCGACCCCUACAGGAGUUAUCUUCGAUUCCUGCCCGGCCCUCCCAUCGAUGGACGUUUCGUCGAUCGACAACUAUGGGACUUACAGAACCCUCAGCUCACCCCGAAAUUGCACGAAGAAUAUGAGAAGCUAUACGGGAAGACUAUAAAAUUCCAGGGAAUGGCAUACUUCGACCAGCGCCUCAUGACUGUCGACCCAGUUUCAAUCAAUUACAUGAUUAAUCGUGCAAGUGACAUAUUCCAAAAACCGUGGCAGACUCGCCGGUUUAUUGGCAGGUUGGUUAGCGGUGGUGCAGACAAUCAGGGUAUUUUCACCACUGAAGGCGAAAUGCAUCGCAAACUCCGGCGUGUUAUUGCCCCUGCCUUCUCCUACCAAUCGGUCAAGAACCUCACUCCCCUCUUUUUCCACAAAUCCUUCGAACUUCGUGACAAGUUGCGUUCUGUGCUUGCAGUACCACAGACGGUUUCGCGCCCAGGUGUCGAGGUUGAGCAGUUCCCUGGAGAGCCAUCUCCCCGCGUGCGAAUGGAUUUGCACAAUUGGAUUGGACGAGCAACGUUCGACAUUAUCGGAGUGGCCGGCUUUGGCUACGAGUUCCAUUCAAUCCAAGAAGAAACGAACACGUUCUACGAUGCCUAUAGAUGUAUGUUCAAUGCCCUUCGUCAGGUCGAAAACAAACUGCAUAAUUUGGGACUUUUCUUCCCCCAGUGGGUUGCAAACUGCCUUCCCGAUGCACGUACCAAGGAGGUCAAACGAUGCAGAAAGAUUAUUGAAGCGGAAACUAGGGCGUUGUUUGCAAAGCGCCGUGAAGGGAUUGCAGCCGAAAAGGCUGCUGGGGCUACUGUCGGCAAAGACUUCGUAAUGCUCAAUCUUCUUCUGCGUUCGAAUGAAGCCGACAGUGUCUAUCUUACCGAAUCGGAGAUCAUAGCCCAAAUCGAUUCGAUUAUGUUUGCCGGCCAUGAUACAACCAGUAUGGCCAUACAAUGGGCCCUCUGGGAACUAACUCGCUAUCCCCCAGUCCAAGCUCGCCUAAGAGCGGAACUUGCGCCUCUUGUGCCCAUUUUGAAGGACUUUGUUCCCGCUGGCCCUUCAGAAACUGGUCACAAAUAUGCAGAUCUUACGGGUGAACUUGGGGACCUCGCCGCGCGACUUGACGCUCUUCCUUACUUGGAGAAAUUCGUCCGCGAAGUCCUACGGUUUCACCCCAGUGUUCAUAGCACGUUCCGGGUCGCCAUGAAGGAUGACAUUAUUCCUGUCUCUGAGCCUGUGCGAAACCAGAACGGCGAAAUCUCCAAGGCUUGGGUUGGGGAUCACAAAACGGGCUUAUCUUCGGGAGGCAUCCGAAUUCGCAAGGGGGAAUUCAUACACAUUCCUAUCGAAGGCAUGCAUCUGCUUAAAUCAGUUUGGGGCGAAGAUGCACACGAUUUCAAUCCAGACCGAUGGGAUAGCCUACCUGCCAAGGUCAAGGCAAGCCCAGGCUUAUACGCCAACUUGAUGAGCUUUUCUGUCGGGCCCAAUUCUUGCCCUGCCUCUCGUUGGGCUCUUGUCGAGAUCAAGGUUAUGCUGGCGGUGAUGAUCGCCUCAUUCGAGUUCACAGGUGCAAGUCCAAUGAGCGCUCACAAUUUUCUCGUCGGGAGACCAUACGAGAGGAACAAGUUUGAGAAGGGACACCGGAUGCCUCUAAUCUUAACUCCUCUCUAA